AGUGUUUUGCAGGUCGGCUGGUUGCGGGAAGUUGCUCCAUUACCGCUCUCCUCCUCGAAAGAGGAGAAAGCUGUUCCCCUUCCCGUGAGGCGGAGAGUCCCUGUUUCAUUUUCGCGUAAUUCAUUUGGGUGGCCAGGAGGAGGGCUCGCCCUGUUAGUACAAUGCAAAGGGCGUCACGAUUGAAGCGGGAGCUGCAUCUGCUGACUACAGAGCCACCUCCAGGCAUCACCUGCUGGCAGAAUGAAGGUCACUUGGAUUACCUUCGAGCUCAAAUCUUGGGUUCUUCAGAUACACCAUAUGAAAAAGGUGUUUUUGACUUGGAAGUAGUUGUGCCUGUAAGGUAUCCAUUUGAGCCUCCCAAGAUCCGCUUUCUGACUCCCAUCUACCAUCCCAACAUUGACUCUUCUGGAAGAAUUUGUCUUGACGUUCUCAGACUGCCACCCAAAGGUGCGUGGAGGCCAUCACUGAAUAUUGCAACUUUGCUGACCUCCAUACAAAUGCUUAUGAAUGAGCCCAAUCCUGAUGACCCUCUCAUGGCUGACAUAUCCUCUGAGUAUAAAUACAACAAGCAAGCAUUCCUGAGAAAUGCCAGACAGUGGACUGAGAAAUAUGCAAGCCAGACAACUAUGGCUUCAGAAAACCCAGAUGAAGAGAACCACCAAAGUGAGGCCAGUCAAGUGAAAGGUUCUAAUGCUUCCCAGAAAAGGAAAGGAAGUAAUAUGAGUGGAUUCUCCAAAAAGCCUUGCUCAAAAACAUAGAGGCUUUGCUGCUGUGCAGUAUCCCUGUCUGUCAAUGUUUGCUUUUAGUUUUACUUUCCAUCUCUUAAAUAGGCUUGACAUGCUUAAUGUACUAUUUACACAUUAUGUAAUAC